CAAAACCUUUCUUCUUUCUCUAAUUUAAUUAUUCGAACAGUUUUCCUUUGUAAAGUUUCGUAAUUUGAGUUUGGUUAGGUGAGUUGAAAGAUCAAAAACUAAAACUUUGAUCUUUCACAUUUUCGUCGAUUGCUUUCAAUAGGAUGGCACAAGCUAGCAGAAUCUGCCACGGCGUGCAGAACCCAUGUGUUGUGCUUCAAUCCAUCAGAGAAAUCUCGGGUCUCAUCAAGCUACCCGGAUCCAAGUCUCUCUCCAAUCGGAUCCUACUUCUUGCCGCUCUAUCUCAGCCUCAGGUGCAGUUUUCUCUUGUAGUGAUGGGCUGGGCUGGGCUGCCAAACAAAAGGCCUGGGUAUGACACAGGUCGGCUUCUUCGUCUUCCAACUUUGAGCAUCUUCCCCAAAUUUUCACCUCUUUCUGCUCUCAUGGAUGCAUCGAAUCUCGGUUUGGGAAGAGGAAACGAGAGAGAUAAUGAUCGUCGGAGGCCUCAGGGUCGUGGCGGCGGCGGUGGUGGCAGAGGAGGAGGAGGAGGAGGAGGAGAUAGAAUCGAUGCUCUUGGAAGACUCUUGACGAGAAUCUUGAGACACAUGGCUAGUGAGCUGAGACUGAACAUGAGAGGUGAUGGUUUUGUUAAAGCUGGAGACUUGCUUAGCCUGAAUCUGAAAACGUCUGCAAACGUUCAGUUGAAGUCUCACACCAUUGAUGAGAUUAGAGAGGCAGUGAGAAGGGACAAUAAGCAACGGUUUAGCCUCGUUGAAGAGAACGGAGAGCUCUUGAUUCGCGCUAACCAAGGCCACUCCAUCACGACGGUUGAGUCCGAGAAGUUACUUAAACCAAUAUUGUCACCUGAAGAAGCUCCAGUGUGUGUGCAUGGAACAUAUCGGAAGAAUUUGGAAUCCAUCUUAGCAUCUGGCUUAAAGCGUAUGAAUAGACUCCAUGUUCACUUUUCUUGUGGCUUGCCAACAGAUGGUGAAGUGAUAAGUGGCAUGAGAAGAGAUGUUAAUCUCUUGAUCUUUCUCGACAUCAAGAAAGCUCUUGAAGAUGGGAUUGCAUUCUACAUUUCAGACAACAAGGUGAUUUUGACUGAAGGUGUUGAUGGUGUAGUGCCUGUUGAUUACUUCCAAAAGAUUGAGUCUUGGCCUAGUCGGCAACCAAUUCCUUUCUGAUUCCUUGUUUAUACAAUACGUUCAUUGAAUUUUUUUAUUGGACCACAUUUGUGACUUAUCAGAUAUACAAAUGUUACCACCUUAGUAUUUAAUAACCUAUGUUGUCCAUGUGGUCUGGAAACAAACGUUUGCAGAAACAAUGCAUUUAAUCAUUCACAUUUAUUGUCUG